UUUGGAAAGUUUUGUUUGUUUACUCUUACAUGUAAUUAUUCUGUUUUUGAAGUUGUUUUCUUGUUUAACACACCAAUAUAUACAAAACUUUUAGAUAACAGUGAAAAUUGACUUUUAAAAACGAUGAAGUUGGAAGAACCGGGAUUGUUUCGUGAGUGGGAGAGUAGGGAGGUCUGCGGGGCGGAUGUGGUGGGUGCCGAGGAACGGCGGCAGCGGCUUUGCGUGCUCACGGGCAAGGGAGGCGAUGAGGGCACCCUGCAGCUCAGCGAAGGUGGUGCACAACUUAAAUCUUGGCCGCUGAACUCCGUACGCUUGAUUGCUGAUUUGCCCGAUGGCACAUUAAGCAUAGAGGUGGGUACAGAGACAAUGACAUGGCGGUGCACCGACGAGAAUGCACGUCGCUCGCUGGCCCGGGCGUUAAACAAUGCCCCACUAGGUGAGGCAGCUCUGGCUGCGCUGCUGGACGAUGAGGAGGCAGAGGAGGCGGAUGCGGAGCAGUGGGUGCGGCGGUUGGGUGAGCGCUUGGCGCGCCUGGACGCACUUAACGUGGCCGGCAUGCUAGCCGCCGCCACUGAAGGGGGUGGUGCAAGACUUGCUGAGCGACUUGAGGCGGGUGGGGAGGCGGGUACACAGCUGGGCACGCGAUUAUCAAAGUAUGAGGCGGCGGCGCGUGCGGCGCGCGGGCCGGCGGCGCGCACGGACGCAGCACGCGCCGACGCCGCCUCGCGCGCGCUGCUCGCACAUCUGCAGCAGAUUUACCUCUGGCUGGACGCACCGCCGCUCAAAGACCUCGAUUCACUCUCUGAGAUAUCUCUAGCAACGCCUGAGGGUCGAGCUCGGGCUCUAGAAUCGGCGGAGGCGCUCCGCACUGCACUCCGGGGCGGGCCGGAGGGCGUCAGUGGUGCAAGCGAGGCGGCGAUGCGCCGGUUGGGCGCGGUGCGGGACCGGCUGCGGCGGUUAGGCAGAGCGCGCGAUCAGUUGGCGGCCGCGCUGGCUCGCCAUCUCAACAACGCCCUCAUUCACCUCGGCAACGCGGCGCAGGAGCCCGCGUCCGCAGCACACCGGGCGCACCACGCCGACCUGCUGCCCUACGCACCCUUCAUGCGAUGGCUCAAGGACAUGGACGAAAAGGCAUACGAUGGACUUGUUAAGGUGUACGUGGGCACGUGGGCGCGCGUGCACGAGCGCGCCGUGCGUGUUGCGUGCGACAACGCGCGCAAUGCACUCGCCGCAGCACCCCCGGAGCGUGCUGACAUACUCGACGAGGUUCUGAACUUGGUGGAGGAGCUGUGCAACGCGGAACAAGACUUCUGUACUCAGUUCUUUUAUCUCGACGUUGACGUCAAGGUACGACGUUGUCGCUGUUUAAAUAUAGUUAUGACCUAGACAAAUUAAAUGUCAUUCGACACUAAUAAUUGUCAGAGCGAGAGCAGCGACGGUGAGCGCAGCGAGAAGAGCGAGGGCGGGGAGCGCGGGGAGGCGGGGCGGCGCGGCGCGGGGGCGGGGACGGGGGAGACUCGCCGCUUCAUGGGCGAGCUGUUCCCCACACUGGAGACGGAGCUCGUCGGCCUCGUGGGCCAUCUCGAGCGCAGCGAGCCAUACGGGGCGAUGCGUGCGCUGGCGUGUGCGGGGCGGCGCGUGCUGGGCGAGGGCGGGGCGGGCGGUGGUGGGGGCGGGGGCGGGGGCGAGGAGGGGCGGUGGUGGCGGGCGGCGCUGGCGGCGGUGGCGGUGGCGGCGAAGCGGGGCGCGGACCGCGCAGUGGCGGAGCGGCUGGCGGCGCUGGGUGACGCGGUGAAGCAGGCGGCGCGGCGACCUCGCUGCGGCGUGCUGUCAUUCGUGCACGAGCUGGAGGCCAUGGCGGCCGUGUGCGAGGCGAUCUUCGCGCGCGGCGGCCGUCGUGCUGACCUCGAGCGCUGGUACCUGACGCUGGGCGGUGCCAUGGUGCGGACCAUACAACGCGCCGACCACCCCAGGACACCGCGCGCCGUCGUGCAUAUGGAGAACUAUCACCGCCUGCAUGCUGUGAUAUCGUCUCUGCGCGCGCCGGCGCUGGACUCGCUGCGGCGGGAGUGCAAGUCGCGCUACGCGGACGCGCUGCGGACAUAUGUUACUCAGUACUUCGGCCGGCCGCUCGAUAAGCUCGCUCAGUUCUUUGAGGGCGUGGCGGAGGCGGUGGCGUCUGGUGUGCGCGAGGACGAGGUGUGCUACCGCGCUGCCUUCAGCAAGCACGAGCUGCGUCGCCUGCUGGCGAUGUACCCCGCCCACGAAGUGCGCAAGUCGCUACACCGGCUGUACCGCACGGUGGAGAAGCACGUGAGCGAGGAGGGCGGGCUGCUGCAGGUCGUGUGGCGCGCCAUGCAGGAGGAGUUCAUAGCACAGCAUGUCGCACUGCAGGCGCGCAUCGCGGCAUGCUACCCUGGAGCUGGGCUGACGCUGCCGCUCAGCACGCAGGACAUCCUGGACGCUUUCUCAGAUAUCGCGAGAGAACAUUAACACAUUUGAUGCCGACUCAAUUAACACAUAAAAGUGUCAUUUAACAUGUUACAUGUGAAGAUUGUGUAAUGUUACUAAUAUUAUAAAUGCGAAAGUUUAGACUUUUGAUGG